CUGGGCUUGAGGGUUGAAACGCAUGCGCACAGUCUUUCCUCUUCCCUUCUUUCCCGAUCCACCAUGACGCAAAAGAGACGGAACAACGGACGAAACAAGCACGGCCGUGGCCAUGUUCGUGCAGUUCGCUGCACAAACUGCGCCAGAUGCGUCCCAAAGGACAAAUCUAUCAAAAAGUUUGUGAUCAGGAACAUUGUGGAGUCCGCAGCUGUUCGUGACAUAACUGAGGCCAGCGUGUAUGCCCAAGAGAAGGGCCAGUUUGCCCUGCCCAAGCUGUAUGCCAAACUCCACUACUGUGUGAGCUGCGCCAUCCACAGCAAGGUCGUGCGUAACCGCUCUCGUGAGGCUCGUCGUGACCGCACACCUCCACCCAACUUCCGUCCUAAGCGUGAUGAUGCUCCGCGUCCUCCCCGUGACCAGCAACAGCAGCGCUCGGGACCUGGUGCCGCAACAGGCGCCCCCGCUGCAACUGGCAGCUUCGGCGGCGCACCAGCUGGCAGCUUCGGUGCACCUGCUGCCACUACCGCUUAGAGAUUGACGCUGUGUGCUCACACGUUUUUUACUUUAACCGCCCACCUGGUGUAGCCUCUUGUUCACAGAUUUGGGAAAUAAAUGGCUGAAAAGAUA